AAAAAAGGAUAUUUUUGCAAAAAAAAAAUAUCUUGCAUCGAUCGCAUUGACCCGGGCAGACUGUGACACGCGAAGUGGGCCAUGGCCUUCCUCGGGAGCACAGUGCGGCGGAUGGUGACGGCAGUGCGGCCUCCACGCUCUCCCUUGUGCCGGACACCUGCUCGCUCCUGCAGCUCCGAGCCCACCAAAGAAAAAAGUGUUCCCUAUGAGAAGACACUCAAACAGAAUGAUAGAGCCUCCUCAGGACCCACUAAACCUUUACCUAGAUCAGCAGAUGCGGUGGUGAUCGGGGGAGGCAGUCUGGGCUGUCAGACCAUCUACCACUUGGCUAAAAUGGGGAUGACCAAUGUAGUUCUGCUGGAGAGAGACAGACUUACUGCUGGCACCACCUGGCACACUGCAGGCCUGCUGUGGCAGCUGCGGCCCAGUGAUGUCGAGGUCGAGCUCUUGGCUCACACGAGAAAUGUGAUCAGCAAAGACCUGGAGGAGGAGACGGGUCUCCACACAGGCUGGAUCCAAAAUGGAGGACUCUUCAUCGCCUCCAACAAGCAGAGGCUGGACGAGUACAAGCGCCUCAUGUCGCUGGGUAAAGUUUAUGGUAUCGAGUCUCAUGUCCUGUCACCUGCUGAGACCAAGGACCUGUAUCCUCUGAUGAACGUCGAUGAUCUGUAUGGAACCCUGUAUGUACCUAAAGAUGGCACCAUGGACCCAGCCGGCACAUGCACCACCUUGACCAGAGCUGCAUCCGCCCGGGGAGCCACGGUGAUCGAGAACUGCCCUGUGACUGGCAUCCAAGUACGCGCAGAUGACCUGGGAAUAAAGAGAGUGAAGGCAGUGGAGACCGCCCAUGGGACCAUUGAGACGCCCUGUGUGGUGAACUGUGCAGGUGUGUGGGCCACCAAGCUGGGUGAUAUGGCCGGAGUCAAGGUGCCGCUUAUCGCCAUGCAUCAUGCUUAUGUGGUGACAGAGAGAAUUGAAGGUAUACAGAACAUGCCAAACGUCAGGGACCAUGAUGCAUCUGUGUACCUGCGUCUCCAAGGUGACGCUCUGUCCGUGGGAGGCUACGAAGCCAACCCCGUCUUCUGGGAUGAGGUGUCUGAUAAGUUUGCCUUCAGCCUGUUUGAUCUGGACUGGGAUGUAUUCAUGCAACAUAUUGAGGGUGCAAUCAACAGAGUUCCAGGUCUUGAGCAGACCGGCAUCAAAUCCACUGUCUGUGGACCAGAAUCGUUCACAGCAGACCAUAAGCCGCUAAUGGGAGAAGCGCCAGAGGUCAGAGGUUUCUUCCUUGGCUGUGGCUUCAACAGCGCUGGUAUGAUGCUGGGAGGUGGUUGUGGCAGAGAGCUGGCUCACUGGAUCAUACAUGGCCGCCCUGAGAAGGACAUGUACGGCUAUGACAUCAGGCGUUUCCACAACUCACUUACAGACAACCAGAGCUGGAUCAGAGAGAGAAGCCACGAAUCCUACGCCAAAAACUACUCCGUGGUGUUCCCCUUUGAUGAGCCGCUGGCCAGCCGAAACAUGAGGAAGGACCCCUUCCAUCAGGUGUUGACGGAGCAGGGCUGCGUGUUCCAGGAGAGACACGGCUGGGAAAGACCUGGCUGGUUCAACAAAGACGCGCCUGCUCCUGUUAAAGACUACGAUUAUUAUGGAGCUUAUGAUAACAAGAAGAACGUGAACUACAAAUACAAAGAACUGCUGGGCAAAGAGUACACCUUUGACUUCCCUCCCCAUCAUGACGUGAUUAAGAGCGAGUGCCUCUCAUGUAGACACGGCGUGGCUGUGUUUGACAUGUCCUACUUUGGAAAGUUCUAUCUCUCCGGACCAGAUGCCAAGAAGGCGGCUGAUUGGCUGUUUACCGCUGAUGUCAACAAGAAGCCAGGCUCCACUGUGUAUACCUGCAUGCUGAAUAAGAGAGGAGGGGCGGAGGCUGACCUGACAGUAAGCAGGCUGGAGGCCGGCGCUGCCAACCUGCCACUGGCACCGGAGUCUAAUGGUGACGUGUACUACCUGGCCAUCGGAGGAGGUGUAGCCGAACACAACUGGAACCACAUCAGAACCGUUUUUCAGGACCAAGGCUUUCACUGCCAGCUGACGGACCACUCUGAGGACAUGGGGAUGAUCAGCAUCCAGGGACCCAAGAGCCGGGAGGUCCUUCAGGAGGUGUUGGACACAGACCUGAGCAACGAUGCUUUCCCCUUCUCCACCCACAAAGUCGUCCAGGCAGCAGGGCAUUGGGUGCGAGCCAUGCGUCUGUCAUUUGUUGGAGAGCUCGGCUGGGAGCUGCACAUUCCCAAAGACUCCUGUCUUCCUGUCUACCACGCCGUCAUGGCCGCCGGUGCAAAGCACGGCAUCAUCAACUCAGGCUACAGAGCCAUCGACUCGCUCAGCAUAGAGAAAGGCUACAGACAUUGGCAUGCUGACCUUCGCCCUGAUGACACCCCCCUGGAGUCAGGGUUAGCCUUCACCUGCAAACUGAAGAGUUCAAUCCCCUUCCAGGGCCGUGAUAGGCUGGAGAAACAGAAGGAGGAGGGGCUAAGGAGACGCAUCGUCUGCUUCACCAUUGACGAGAAAAUCCCUAUGUUCGGUCUGGAGGCCAUUUUCCGUAACGGUGUUCCCGUUGGUCACCUGCGGCGUUCUGACUAUGGCUUCUUUAUCGACAAAACUAUCGGCUAUGGAUACAUCCGCAGCCCAGAUGGAGGAGUGGUGAGUGCUGACUUCAUAAAGAGCGGCGACUUUACACUGGAGAGGAUGGGAGUGACGUACAAGGCCAAGGCCCACCUCAGAUCACCAUUCGACCCUGAGAAUAAACGCGUCAAGGGCAUCUAUGCUUAAGAAGGACCACACAUCUGAGAAACCGAUGAGGAAACAUGCUGCUGUUGGAGAACUGAGGCUGAGAGAGGUGCUACUUAUUAACAUGCCGAUGCAUCAGUCUUAAUUUGUACCUCUCUCUGAAAUGCUGGGUAACUGGAGUAGUAAUAAUUCUAUUCAUUAAAAAUGUGUAAUUUGUAUCUUUAAUUAGCUUUGUAUCGGUAAUAUCUGUAACAAGAUAUCAAAGAGGAGCUGCCAUAAAUCUAACAAGGGGGGGGGCAUGUUAGCUGUAGGGUCCCAUGAGGUGAAGGGCCUCUACUUAAGAGUGAAAGUGAAAAGUGUUUACAUUUGUCGUUGGGAGUCAUAUGAAGUGAUGCCAAAACGAACACAAACAGACACAAAACCUCCAACCAAAUUAAGGGAAUACAAAGAGACAGAAAACAAUCACCAAAAUAAGAAAAACAACCACAUAAACAUGCAAAAGAAAAAUGACUAAGACACAGAACAACCACAAAAAAAAACCAACACAACCACAAAAAGACAAAAAAAACAACAACAACAGGGACACACAAACCUAUUGCAACGAGACACAAAACAACUUCAACAGUCAGCCAAACACCCAUUGAGAGACACAGAAGUGACUUCAAAGUGAUGCACAAUGGCCACAGAUCUCAUAACUGUGUGUGUAAUGUAAAAGGGGUUAGGGGGGGGUCCAAAGGGUCCUCUCUUCUCGCUCAGUAACCUACCCAUGUGCAUACUUUACUGAAAAUUGUGAUCUUCCUUGUUUUGAAUAUGCUUUGAUUUUUAUCGUAUUAACCUUAAACACUAAAAUAACGACACGUGAUUGACAUUGAGUCGGUUUAAGAAACUUAAAUGAAUCUUUGUGGGAAGACGUCUAUAGUCAAAGAAGCGAAUGUAGAGCCUUAAAUAAAGCAUGCUUUUGGGUUUUUGGGUUGCUUGUAGGAUUUGAAGGUGAAAACUAAGUGUUACAGUACACUUAAUUACUCAGGAAGUCUUAACUCCUCUGUAGAUCGAGCAGAUAGCAUAGCGUUGAACCUGAACACAUUCAUACUAUGUAAUAGUUGUAAGAGUAACAUUUGAUAGAAACGACACAAAAAACUGUUGCCCUUACAAUCAAUGUCCUACAAUAGGGCUUAAACAUCAGGGGCACCGUUGUUUGAAGGUGUAAAUGAGAGUAAACACAGUUUAUGUUAAUCAGGCGGUCGAGCGUUUGUGUAUUUAACCUUGAGAGAAAACUAUUGUCGAGUUUAUUUGAAAAAGAGUGAUAUGAGGAAAGGUGCUAAGUGUCAUGUACUUCAAAUGAAUCAUGUUGUGGUAUAAUGUAGUAAUAACUAAUAUCUAACUAAUUCCACCAUGAAAUCAAAACAGCAUUCUUUCUUUCAGCCCUUGAGGCAGUUUGCGUCAGAUUACAGUGACUGAUGUUUGUACUGAUGAUAUUGAUUACAAACGGAGAACGUUUUUAGAACAAAGAUGGCCUUAAUGUUCAUCAGAGUUGGAGGAAAAGGGAGACGAAAACAUCCCGAGGCACAUUUAAACAAGCGAGGGACAAAACCCUGCUGGAGGAAAAAAAAAAAGACAGAAAAAGACAAUGGUUGUCAGAAAGUCGCAGAUAGAACCCUCAUGUUUUUGGAUGGAUCAAUCCCCCCCCCCCCCCCCCCCCCAUGUGGCUUUGCUCUGCUGCAGUAAACUGCGGUCGCUGCUGCUUGUAAACUCACAUCACUUAGCUUUGUUUUUUUAUGCAGAUGCAUUGUUGUUUAACUAGGCGAUACAUGCACUCAGGCAGCAUUAACAGCUCUCGUUUUGUCUUGUUUUACUUUUAGAUCACACUUAACAUUUUGUAUGUCUGCUUCACAGAAAAGCCCUCCAGGAGUUUAGGGGGGUAUAAACACCUCUCCCCUUUAUCUGAGAGCACUUAAACUGUGAAGCGUCUGCAGGAGGUGUUCAGCAACAGCACUUAAAAAACAUGGAAAAAAAACCCAUCAGUCACUGAUAACAUUUUAUUUUUAAAUGUGGAUGAAGCUCUUGUGAGUGUGACUUGACUUUAAUGUAGGUCUUUUUUGAUUAAUUAAAUAAUUAAUUAAUAAACAACACCCGCGUUCUUAAUGGGUCACGUGGGACAGACAAUAAGGGCCUACUCACACUGAGGCAAUCCGUACUGUGCCGAAGCACGCAUCACUACACCAGUACGUUUGACUAGGGUGAGUGCUCUGAUCCGGGCUCAAACACGGCACACUUCCUUUGGCCCUGGCACACUUGGAAGAGGUGUGUUUCAGCACGAUGCAGUUCAUGCACGGGCGCAGGAACGGGUACACAACGUGGAAAGCGUCUAUUAUCGGAAAAAACUCGGGAGUGUUCGGGCUGUAUCCAACUAAAGUGACUCAAAAUAAGCCACCAAGUCGGUAAAGUAGCUGUCAUGUUUUUUUCUCCGUUGUGCAGACGCGGAAUUGACCAUGCGUCCCUAUUAUUAUUUUAUAUUUUUCUCCGAGUCCGCCUGCCUUGUAAACUAAGCACGCUUCAUGAUCACGUAAAGCCAUUCAUGUGUUGUAUUAUGACGUUAUGUACAAGAGGUUACCAUGCUCAGGACCUGUUCGUCCUGGAGCAGUGUGAGUGCAGGCUAGCAGGGAAAUGGGGAGGGGGUGUUAUUGUGCUGAAGCACGGUGCGGGACAACUUUGCCUCGUGCAAGUGCGCCCUUAGUCUUGCUGUCAACAUGUUUUAUUUGGAUAGAACUGUCUCUCUGUGGGUUCAGAUUUAACAGAGAAAAACCCUGAAUGGAUAAGGUUACAAUCUCCAGGCUCUCGGUUUUAUUCCCUUUGCCGGCUUUGUUAGCUCUUCAGUAACAGCAGGUGUGUCUUUGGGACUAACUUGAUCUCACUUUCCAGACAUCCAGACAGUGUCGCCUGUGUGAUGUCACUCACUUUAUCAGUCGCUUCUUUCCUGUUUGGUCAGAGUUACUCUGUGUGCU